AUGAGGCGUAAUGAUGAGGCCAUUGGUCGGGCCAACCGCAACCUGGAGAAUGCCAAACGCCGCAACCCCAGGAAUCGGCGCUCAUCGAUCCGUCCCCACAACCUCGACACCGACCUCGUCCUCAACUGCAAUGGCCAAGACAUCUUUGCUACCCCGUCGGCCAACCUCGCCGCAGUGUUCCAGGUGCUCGAGGGUCUUCAGGAGACACCGAGAUCGUCAAGGCUCAUGCUCGCCUGCACGUGGCCGCCACACAAUGACCCCGGUAACAACCACGACGGCUUCUCCGCCUUUUCCAGUCAGCUUCGAGCCGUCCAGUGGCCCGCCACCUUCAAGUCUACCGGGAUCGAGAAGUACGACGGUGAGUCGGACCCCAAGACGUGGCUGUGCACCUACUCCAUCGCCGUCCGAGCUGCACGCGGCGACAACAACAUCAUGUCUGCCAUCUUCCCGGUCAUGACGGGUCCCCAAGCUCUCAACUGGCUUGAAGCGCUCCCCGCCCGCUCCAUCAACAUCUGGCAGUAUCUCUGCAAUGCCUUCGUUCAGUACUACCAGGCAUCCUGCCCGGGUCCCAAAACUAGAUGGGAUCUGGCCAGUGUCGUGCAACAGCCAGACGAGUCCCUUCGCGACUACAUCAUGAGGUAUUUUGCUAACCGUAAUACCAUCACAGAAGCUGAAGAUAGGGACGUCAUCCACUACUUCAACGAAGGCCUCCACAACAUCGAACUGUGGAGGAAGAUGUUUGAGACCUACCCCAAGACCGUGGGCGACAUGAUGACGGUCGUCAACAAGCACGCCGACAUGGAAGAAGCCGAGCGGGCCCACCGCCGGUACAAGAAUGACUACUCCGAGCGUCCCCCUCAGCAGGACAACCAUACAGAAUGCUGCCGCGAUGACCGCCCCCCUCGUCACGAGAAGAAGCACGACCGCGAUGAGUCAUCCAAGAACCGGGAUGGCAAGCGUGGCCCCGAGAACACCGUCGCUGUCGCCGAAAGAUCCCAGUUCCGUUCCAUCCUCAACCAAGCGAACCUGGAUCGGCUCCUGGAUGGAAGUGUCCAUGGCACAAGGAUGCAAACCACACCGCCCGGGAGUGUCGAGCAGUCUCCAACGGCGUCAUCAGGGACGACGACCCCAAGAAACCCCGCCACGAAGACCGCGACAGGCCGGGAGGAAGAAGACAGGGCUGUCAACUUCAUAUACGGCGGUCCCAGCAAGCCAUCAUGCCGGCGCAUGGUCAAGCUCGAUGAUCGUGAAGUCAACCUGGUGUUCAAACACCCGGUUGAACCCCUCUGGUGGUCGGAGACGCCGAUCACCUUCGACCGCCGCGACCACUGGGUCCACCUGCCCAGGCCAGGUGCCUACCCCCUUGUGGUCAGCCCGGUGGUGAGCCAGGUCCGCCUGGCCAAAGUACUCGUCGACGGCGGCAGUACCCUCGACAUCAUCUUCGCUAGCACAUUGCAGAGCUUGGGCUACGACAUGGCAUCCCUGGUCCCAUCCGACCAGGCCUUCUACGGCAUCAUCCCCAGAGCCGGGUCGACUUCGGUCGGCCGGGCCACCCUGCCGGUCACCUUCGGCACCCGCGACAACUACCGCACCUACAACUCGGUUCUUGUUGCCCAGGCAGCAAAGAACCUCCCGGCGGACCAGCAGCACAUUCCCGCCAAGGAGUCGACUUGCGAGUCGCAGCUCACACCAGCCGUGGCCACCAAGACCAUCGUCCUCCGGGACGACGAACCGCACAAUACCGCCGUGAUUGGGGCCAGCCUCAACUCGGCGUAG